GAGCAGGGGCGCGGUGCGCGGUGGCCCCUGCUGCCCCUGUCCCGUUCUGCCGGCUGUCCGUGUGUCCGUCGGGGCUGUCCGUGUGUCCGUCGGGGCCGUCCAGGCGCAGGGCUGGCUUCUUAUCCGGUGCGGCUGCGUCCUUUCGAAGUGGUUCUGCCUGUGUGUGUGUCCGUGUCUGUGCCAGCCCCGUCCUGCCCGGCGCCUCUGGGAGCAGAGAGCCAGGGGAACGUGCUGUACCCCACAAAUAACGGUCCUGUGUCGGUUUGUCUGCCUGUUCGGUAGGAUAUGGAAGUCGCUGAAGUUACAGUGUAGCCGUGUAGAAGAGAAAGCCACAGGUUAAACCAUUGAUGCCUAAAAACUUCGUGUGCUCGCUGCUUUAAGUGCUGCUGCUUUUCCUUGUGCCGUGCCUGGCCCUGGCCCUCUCCCGGGGUGCAGGAGAGCCGGUCUCAGUGCUUCCAUCUGGUUCGGCUCUCAGACUGUGGCAGCACCUCCUGCUCAGCCCUGGCCGAGCUCAGCCUGCAUGGGGAAACCUUUCCAGACCCCCGGUCCCACUCCUUCGAGCGCCUCCAGCCCUUCCGCAUCCCAGUGCUGGCUGUGCCCAUGGGGCUUUAUUCCUCUCCCUGCAGCAGCCCCUUGUCUAGACACUCCAUGGCUCCCAGCCGGAUUGCCGGCGGAUUAGGAGGGAGCUGAGGGGACCUGGGAGCUGUUUCUCCUCUUGCCCAUGUGGCUGGGAUCCAAACCUUCUGCCAAGGGGCAGCAAGGGCAGUGAGCCCCUCCCUGUGUGCUUCCUUCACAAAGCAGGGCAGUUCCUGCCCUGGCGCAGUGAAGUGGCCUUUGGGGACCAGGGAAGCCCCUCUGGAAGCUGUCAGCAACAUGUGGCCCCUGGGAGCUGUCAGCGGGGACAUGCCUGCCUGUUUGCCUCCGGCCAAGACUGUCGGGGUGCGGCACAGCAGUGUGGGUGAGCCCGUGCUGUUGCUGACGCUGACAGCUGUGUUCUGAGGGGAGAGUCCCUGCAGAAAUUGCCGUAAGCAGGGAUAAUGCACUGGUGAAGAGAGAGGGAAGGUGUGAGAGCGUGCCAGCCAGCAGCCUGCGCGUUUUGCUUUCUUCCCUUCCAAUCUGGCCUGCUGGCAUCACGCUUCUAUUACUGAAAAUUACUUGCAGCAGGAAUGCUGAAUCACGUCCUCCCCACAAGCAGGCGAUGGAGCAGGAUGGAGGUAUCCUCCUUUCAGCUUUCUUUGCUGUUAUUACCCCCUUUGUCUUGUAUUCCUCUGACGGCAGCCCAGGCAGGGCUCGCAGCAGGCUGCGCAUCAGCACGAUGCUCAUUAGCAAAACCCUCCCUGAUAUUCAUUUCAAACUUCUCUUUUACAUUUUAACUCCAUUUGGAGUCUCUUUGUGUGGGAUCACCUGAAAAAAAAAAACCCAUCAACAACCUUUAUUCGUGUUUCACACCCUUGAGAUGCUUCCAGAGUGCUGGCACGUCCCCUCCCCAUCUUAGUCAUCCCAUACUGCGCCAGACAAAUUUAGCUCCUAACCUUUCCUUAUAACCAAUCCCUCUGGCCUGCUGGCAGAUUUUGUUGCUCUUCUCUGAACUCCUUCUGUUGCAGGUGAUAGAAAUGCCAGGCGGGAUGCGAGGAGCCUCUCUGACAGGUUGCAGCAGGCUGCAGAACAAGGGGCAGGUGGCCUCUAGCGGCCAGCAAUGAACGCACCCAACGGGAGCGAUGUGCCGAGAGCGCUUCCUGCAGCCUUCAGUUUCAAAUUUGCUGCUGUUGGAUUUUGUGCAAUGAUACCCUCUUCUUGAGUUAAAAGCAAAAGGAAAUAAAAGACAUGUUUUACCCUUUUCUCCAUCACGUCUCCUGUGGAAAAAAAAUAGUCUCCACUUACAGCUCAUUUCCAGACCUUUCUCCUUUUUCUGCUUUCUCUCUGAACCCUUUUGUUUCCAUCUCUCUUGGAAAACAGGGUGCAAACAUGAAUAUUACAGCUUAAGGAGGAGCCCUCGCAGACCUACAGAAUGAAUUGGGUAUUUUCAUCCUGUUCCUUUUUGUUUGGGUUCUCCAUUUGCUUUUUAGACUUCUGUCUCGGUGCAGCAUGUCUCUCGAGCUGUUCAGGUCUCAUAGAGGGGUUUGGUCCCUGUGGAGUCCAAUGAGAUGUGCUUGAGGAGCUUCUUCUAUUAAGUUUUGCCUUGCUCAUGAUAAUCAGGAGGGUGAAAUUCAAAGUGAGGGAAAGAACAGCAAAAAUCUCAGGUUAUUUAGCUAGCAGGCUUUGCCUUACAUUUUAACUAUCUUUCUAUCCACGAAGCUUUGUUAGUUCCUCUGGUGUUCCUCAUGGAAUCAUUAAGGUUGGAAAAGACUCUAAGGUCAUCUGGUCCAGUCAUCAGCCUAUCACCACCAUGCCCACUAAACCGUGUCCCUAGUGCUCUGUCCCUUCAAGUUCACUCCCCCUGUCAUUAACAAAUACCCAUAGUUUGAGUCUUUCCACCUCUGCUCUGCCCAGCACUGAGCAAAUACUGCACGUGGAGUGAUCCUGGAACCGCAGAAGGAGCAACCGGCAUCCGUGCCUGCAAGGCCUGGGUGUGCAGCCCCUGUAUUGCGCUCUGCUGCUUGCAGCCAUAUCGCAUUGCAGCAUGUCUGGCUUCUAGCUGUAGUGCUUCUGGCGCUGUUCAAUAGUUUGUUCAUUUGCAUGACUGUAUCCUGAGGUAGCUACUAAAUCUAUGGAAAUGGUUUGUGAGCUAAAUCUGUACAAAUGGCUUGAGAAAGGUAGCUUGGACCAGGAGAGUGUGCUUCAUCGGUGAUGACAUUUGCUCCUCAAAGUUGCCUUGCAGAUGGUCCCACAAUUCUUGGCUUCAUUCAUGUGCCUUCAGGUGGGCAGAAUAAGCAGAGGGUCUGUUAUAGCACCGUCUGGAGAUCUCCAAAGGUAGAGGGAGGGAUGAUGAAGUGGCCUUACUUUUGUCACCUUUAGACCAUCUGUUUUAGAGUCACAUCUCCAACAGUGGCCCAUACCAGGUACUUCAGAUGGGAUGUUAAGAAAUGCCUGAGCAGAUCUCUGGGAUGUAGCCUGUAGUCCUGUAAUACUUCUUCAAAGCUUUCACAGCUAGGUGAUAGCUUAUUCUGGAAGAUGGGUUUUGUCAUAAAUACGACAACUUGUUACCCAGAGAGAUAGCCAAGCUAUCCUCUAAUUUUGCACUUUUUUCCCCCCAGUGACAUCACUAAAAAAAAUGUUCCCUUUUGGCAGUUUUGUAGUCAUUUGUAUUCUUCCCUUGUAGUGUUAACAAAUGUCUCUUCUCUUGCUCAGCGAGAUGAGAGCACUUUGCUUAUCCAUCCCCCUGUGCAAAGUGCUGUGGAUGUGCUUACAGCUUCUCUCCUUCUCCGCAUGAGUUCAGAUGGGUUUUCAGAGGCCUGAAUCUUCCCCGUGCCGCUCUGUCAACCGUCUCCAGCUCCUCCUGAUGGGACAGGAGGUGGUGCAGCCAUGCUGGGCUCAGCUUGCCCUGGUGCUGCAGCUUCCCUGAGGCGGCCUCUCUGGGUUAGGACCACAGGGACUGAGGGCAGCGGGUGGCAGUGUCCCACAACGUUCCCUUGUCCUGCCCUCUCUCCACAGGUUAUGCCACUCUCCAGGUUUGCUGGGUGCCUGCCGGUGAAAGAAAAGGGUUGAUAUUUUGCCCAGGCCCUUAGGUCCUGAACCAAAAUGGCAGCUGGCGAGUCCCCUCCCGUAGGAGAUGCCUUCAUCGACCUGCAGCAGGGCAGAGAUCGUGCAGAGAAAGCCUCUCCUGGUGCCGAGGACGAUGAGGACUUGGAUAAGACUUUAUCAAUCGAGAGAUUUGGGGACCUGAUAAGCAAGUCAGCAUCGAGCGAUCUGGAGAAGCAGAGACGCAGCUACAGUGAGAGAGAUUUUGAAUUCCACCGCCAAACCUCGCACCACAUCCAUCAUCCCCUUUCCACUCACCUCCCUUCUGCCCUCAAGUUCCAAAAGAGGCCCCCCCGUGCCAGCAGGAGGAAAAAAAGAAGAAGGAAAAAGAAGAAAACCUCAGUACCCCCCUCAGAAGUCACCCCCACCAUCCAAGAAGUGGACGAGGAAGGAGGAGAAGAGGAGGAAGAAGAGGAGGAAGAAGAAGAAGAGGAAGAAGGAGAGUCUGAGGCAGAGGAAGCCCAGGAGAAGGAGAUCUUUGCAGAGUCUGAGGGCAAAGCUCGUGGGAAGGACACAUCCCCUAAGCUGGAGCCCUCAAGCAAACCAAAGUUCACCAUUGGCAGCGAUGAGGAUGAGUCUGGCAGCGCUCUGGCCCCGGCGCAGUUCCACGUGGAAGAGGAGUGUGGCAUCCUGUCCUCCACACCGCGCUUCACUGAGCUGCUGCAGGACAAGGGCCCUGCCUCCCUCCGCAGUCUCCCUGGACCACGGGAACGUCUUUCUCAGGGCUGGGAGAAGCGCAAGCCCUGGGGCCAGGUGGCAAGUGGGCAACGAGUUACCUAUGACUUAAAGGAGAGGAUGUGCAUCGGCAGCAUGACCACACUGGAGAGUGCAGCAUAUCAGCGUGUCCCCACGGAUGAGGCUGAGGCCCAGAUGCUGGCAUCUGCUGAUUUGGAUGGCAUGAAAAGCCACCGCUUUGAAGACAACCCUGGUGUGAGGAGGCAUCUGAUGAAGAAACCAUCUAGGAGCCAGAUCACCAGGACGAGCAAAAAAUUAGCAUCAACCCCAUCAGUUAAGAAAAAGAAGAAGAAGAAGAAGUUGGAUAGAAAACCCCAUGAGGUGUUUGUGGAGCUGAACGAACUGGUAGUGGAUAAGAACCAGGAGAUGCACUGGAGGGAAACAGCCCGCUGGAUCAAGUUUGAGGAGGAUGUGGAGGAGGACACAGCCAGGUGGGGGAAACCUCACGUUGCUUCACUGUCCUUCCGCAGCCUGCUGGAGCUCAGGAAGACAAUUGCCCAUGGUGCCGUUCUUCUUGACCUGGAGCAGACCACACUGCCUGGCAUUGCUCACCUCAUGGUGGAGACCAUGAUCAUCUCUGACCAGAUCAGAGCAGAGGACCGAGCCAAUGUGAUGCGUGCCCUGCUGCUGAAGCACAGCCACCCGAACGAUGAGAAGGAGGGCUUCUUUCCAAGGAACCACUCCAGCUCCAGCAUGAACUCAAUCGUGGGGAACCACCAUCACAACCACACCACAGACACCUGUGUGCCCCUCAUGGGAGAGGAGCGAAUUGAGAUGGCUGACCCCAAGGCCCAUGAGACAGAGUGCAAAGAGAAAAAUGUGCAUGUCCAUAACUCUGAGGGGCACCGUAAAUACCUGAAGUUGAUGGAGAAGAUUCCUGAAGAUGCAGAGGCCACCGUGGUCCUUGUGGGUUGUGUGCAGUUCCUGGAGCAGCCAACUAUGGCCUUUGUCCGACUAAAUGAGGCCGUCUUCCUGGAAUCUGUCUUGGAGGUCCCAAUUCCUGUCAGAUUCAUCUUUGUGCUGCUGGGACCGAGCCAGGCCAACAUGGACUACCAUGAAAUUGGUCGGUCAAUCUCCACCCUCAUGUCUGACAAGCAUUUCCAUGAGGCUGCAUACAUGGCUGAUGACCGUCAAGAUCUCCUCAACGCAAUCAAUGAGUUCUUGGACUGCAGCAUUGUCAUUCCUCCAUCUGAGGUGGAGGGGAAAGACUUGCUCAAAUCCAUUGCCACCUUCCAGAAGUUGCUGCUGAGGAAGAGGAAGGAGAGGGAGCAGAAAUCCAUGAAGGAAGGGGAUGUCCAGGAAGCCAAAGAGCUGUGUGAAGUGAAGGCUGAGGAAGAAGAGGAAGAAGCUGAGGACGACCCUUUGAAGCGGACCGGAAUAUUUUUUGGAGGUCUGGUUCGGGACAUAAAGCGCAGGUACCCCAAAUACCUCAGUGACAUCAGAGACGCCUUGCACAGCCAGUGUCUCGCAGCCGUUCUCUUCAUCUACUUUGCUGCUCUCUCUCCUGCCAUCACCUUCGGGGGACUCCUAGGAGAGAAAACUGAGGGUCUCAUGGGGGUCUCCGAGCUGAUAAUCUCCACCUCGGUUUUAGGGAUCCUCUUCUCCCUGCUUGGAGCCCAGCCGCUCCUGGUAAUUGGCUUCUCAGGGCCUCUGCUGGUGUUUGAAGAAGCUUUUUACAAGUUCUGCCAGACACAAGGCAUUGAGUACCUGACAGGCAGAGUGUGGAUUGGCCUGUGGCUCAUCGUUUUCAUCUUCAUUAUUGUGGCAGCCGAAGGAAGCUUCUUGGUGCGCUACAUCUCGCCCUUCACCCAGGAGAUCUUUGCUUUCCUCAUCUCCCUCAUCUUCAUCUACGAGACCUUCUACAAACUGUACAAGGUGUUUGCAGAACAUCCUCUGCUGAAGUUUUACCCGCCAGACAUGCAGAGCAGCCUGAACGCCAGCAUGCUCUCUGCAGAUGCGAUGUCAUUGGGAAUCAGGAUGCAGCCCAACACUGCUCUCCUCUCCCUCAUCCUUAUGCUAGGCACCUUCUUCAUUGCCUUCUUUAUGCGCAAGUUCAAGAACAGCCGCUUCUUAGGAGGAAAGGCUCGGCGGAUCAUCGGAGACUUCGGGAUCCCCAUCUCCAUCCUAGUCAUGGUGCUGGUGGAUUACACCAUCACAGACACAUACACGCAGAAGCUGAAUGUCCCGUCUGGCCUGUCCGUCACAUCUCCUCACAAACGUGGCUGGUUCAUUCACCCCAUGGGCAGCAGUGGGACCUUUCCAUUGUGGAUGAUGUUUGCCUCUGCCAUCCCUGCCCUCCUGGUCUUCAUUCUUAUCUUCAUGGAGACACAGAUCACUACGCUGAUUGUGAGCAAGAAGGAGAGGAAGCUGCUGAAAGGCUCUGGCUUCCACCUGGACCUGCUGCUCAUUGGCACUAUGGGGGGACUCUGUGCACUCUUUGGGCUGCCCUGGCUGACUGCGGCGACAGUGCGCUCCGUCACCCACGUCAAUGCCCUGACAGUCAUGAGCAAGGCCAUCGCGCCAGGAGAGAAGCCCAAGAUCGAGGAGGUGAAGGAGCAGCGUGUGACAGGAGUGCUUAUUGCUGCCCUUGUCGGCCUGUCCAUUGUGAUGGGGAACAUGCUGCGGCAGAUCCCGCUGGCUGUGCUCUUCGGCAUCUUCCUCUACAUGGGGGUUACAUCUCUCACGGGCAUCCAGCUCUACGAGCGACUACUCCUGAUCUUCAUGCCAUCCAAGCACCACCCCGACCACAUCUAUGUUGUUAAGGUAAAGACGUGGAGGAUGAAUCUCUUCACCUGCAUUCAACUGGCCUGCAUUGUGCUGCUCUGGGUGGUGAAAUCUACGGUGGCAUCUCUGGCCUUCCCCUUUGUUCUGAUCAUGACAGUGCCACUGCGACGCUUCGUGCUGCCCCGCUUCUUCCACGACAGGGAGCUCAAAGCCUUGGACUCGGAGGAUGCAGAGCCAAACUUUGAUGAGGAUGGCCGGGAUGAGUACAACGAGCUGCACAUGCCUGUGUGAACUAGGGCCUGCCCUCCCUGCUCUUGGGACAGGCUCCUCACACCUGCUCGUCCCCUCAAGGACUAGUGGGAGACUUGCCACAAGUCAAGCAAUCUUGCCUGGACCGAGAAAUGGCUGUUCCAUAGCUCUUCAGGAGACAGCCCCUGCUCCUGCUGCCCCAUCACUCACUCAGCAGAGGCUGCUCAUCUCUCUCCUCUCGGACCUGGUAGGCUGAGAGGUGUCUCUCACAUCCCAAAGCUGUGUGGGUCCAGAGCGCCCGUGGGUCAGGGGUCUUCCCUGUCCUUGCUGGAGGCAGCCUGCGUUCAGUUUCUGGGUGGUGAAGGGGAGCCAUGCCAGCUGGUACCACUGUGUCCCACUCCAUUUCCAUGAAGCUUGGGUGUCGCAGCACGAUGCACCAUUGGGCAGUCACAGGGACAGGCCUGAUGCUGCCUGUCUAUGGACAGUGGGCUCCUCUCAGGCUUGGCGAGGACAUCAGCCUCCAUGCUCAGCUAACAGAUGCCUUGCUCCCUCUUCUCGCAGCCAGACUGCUGUCUCCUGCACCUGAGCCUGGGGCUCCCUGGGAGGCAUUGCCAACCAAGCCCUUAGUGCGUGCUCCAGCACAGGAGCAAGGAGAGACCAGUGCUCUUCCCUGCUCGGCACAGCUUCCCCUGCACCGCUGGGACAGGCACUGCUGCGUCCUGACAUCUUGCAGAUGAGGGGUGCUCUGCAGUUCCUGUCCUCCAGGCUUUCAGCUGGACGCCACUCUCUCACAGGACUGGUUUCCACCCUUGCCCAGCACUCAGGAGGCUGUUCGUUUCCUCAUAAUUUUCCCAACACUCUUCCCAAAAGGAAAACAGCACUGGGAGAGGGGGAGCGGGGGAGAGCAGGUACCCUGAAGCCUUGGGUGCAUGCCCUGUUCUGGGAACCGAAUCCUUUGCCAUUCUGCACCUCCACAAAGGUUACAAGGGUCCUGAUCGCCAUCUCCCUGUCUUUGAGCACAAACCACCUUUAAGAGCUAUACAAGAGGUACAGUGCUGGAGCAUGAAAUAGUCCUGUGGGUCCCCUUUCCCUGUGUGGCGAUCACUGGUUCUGGCUGCCUGCAGCCCUACAUUGAAAUCACUGAACCCCUUGGCCCCAUUUCUGCUCCCAUGCUGGAGUGACCCUUCAUGUCCGUUCCAGCUGGAAGAAGCAGCAUUCAGCGUGCCCAGCACUUAGCCCUGGCCUGCUCUGGGGCCUGGCAGGAAUGUGUCCUAGGAUCUCCUGGACCAGCAGCCUCCGUUCAGAGCAGGCAGCCACAGCUAGCAGCUCUGGCACAUGGGCAGCUCUGAUGUAGUGCCCCGAUGGUAGGAACCGGAGUGGCCUUGUGGAGGAGGCCGGGACGCAUGCUCCAGCAUUGAUCAGCCACCUCCCCAGCUCCCGUUUAUCAGCGUGGCUCCUGCAGGAGAAGGUGGGUCCUGCACCUCCCUGGGAGGCUGCACAAACACCCGCAGAGAGCGAAGCCCCUCCAGCAGCAGGCUCCAGCCCCACCGCCGGGCUCACGCGCAGGGUGUCCGUGUGUCUGUGGCCGUGUGCGUCCUGUCCUCCCUGUGUAGUGUAGGAGGCCUGUUGUCGCUGUGCAUUGUGACUCCUCUGACUGUAGUGGAAACAGCUACACCAAUAAACUUCACAGGAACCACA